AUGAAGAAAUAUAAAACUAUACAGCAAAACCGUGCCAGUAGUCCAAAGGAACUCAAUGCUGAAGUUGAAAGCGAAAAGUCAUAUGAAAAUAAGCAGUCAAGUUCGGAUGAUAAUGUUGAUUCAAGCAGUAGUAUUAUCUCACUAACUUCAGACGUUUCUGAUGAAGAGGCUGCAUCCGAAAGUACUGGUGAUAAAAGGGGUAAUAAGCGGAAAGUAACACAAACAAAAUCAAAAGCCGCUAAAAAGAUGAAAAGAAUAAUAAUUGAAGACUCCUCCGAUUCUGAAUCAAGUUCAUGCUUUAGUUAUACAACGACUGAAGAGGAAUGCAAAGCUAAUAAUAUGGUCAAAACAAAAUUUAUUCCACCACCAGCAUGGCUUAAGCCGAAAUACGAUUGUGCAGAUAUGAGACUACCCGAAUUAUUUCUGUAUUUAAAAAGGAAACUAAGGGCUAUCGAUGCCGAAAUUAAAAAAUUUCUAAAAAAGUCUAAAAAGAAACAAUUCAGAACUCGUGAACUUAAAUGGAAAAUCCGAAACAUCAUUCUCGAUAUGAAAAAGGUUGAUGAUAUGAGUUACUCGUUAGCGCAUUAUAGUAUUCCAGUUAAUUUCCUCCGAAAGGUCAAUGAAAAUUUAGCUUGUGGUUUGCCUGUACUUAGUAACAUUCAACGUCCUAUACCUGAAAUGACACUUCACAGCAAACUCUGCAAAGUUUUCCUUAAAUGCGGAUGGAUAUUUCUUAAAAGAACGUUUCCUGAAGAAGGCUAUAAGUGUAGUUUAUAUCGACAAAUCAGAAAAUAAUUUUUGUAUAUUAUAAGAAAUAUUUUUUUUGACUCUA